UUUCCACUCCAACGAGGCAACGAGCAACGAGAAACAGAUGAGAUCUUUCCCAAAACACCACCUUUACAUCAAUUUCCACAAAUACCCUCCCUUCCCCGACACAUCUACACCCCUCUGCCCCUGACAAAAUCCCACUCCACAGCCCCAAAAUCGCCAUUUCCAAACCCUACAAACCUCUCCAGUCUCCCCUAUCAAGCCUCUCCGCCGAAAUACGGAAGCAGGAAACGACGCCGGAGAAAAAUGGUAAGCGACGCGGAGCUGGUCGGCCGGCUGCGCGAGUUCCUGCGCACCUCCGACCUGACCACGACGACCACGGGUACAGUGCGCCGGAAGCUGGAGGAGGAUUUCGGGAUCGAUUUGUCGGAGAAGAAGGCGUUUAUAAGGGAGCAGGUCGAUGUUUAUCUCCAGAACCACCUCAAGACGUCCGAAGCGGAUGACGAAGAAGGGGAAGGGAACGAGGAGGAGGCGGCGGCGGGGGUAAAAUCGGGAGAAGAGGAGGAGGAAGAGGAGGAGGAGGAGGAGGGAGAAGAAGAGGAUGUGGAGACUAGCAAUGGCAAGGGUGUUGUUGAAAGGAGGUCUAAGAAGCAAAAAACAGAGGUCAAGAAAAAAGGGGGUGGAUUUACCAAAUUAUGUAGCCUUUCUCCAGAGCUUCAGAAAUUUGUUGGGGUUCCCGAAUUGGCCAGAACUGAGGUAGUCAAGCAACUGUGGGCCCAUAUUCGUGAAAAGAAUUUGCAGGACCCAAGCGAUAGGCGGAGUAUACUUUGUGAUGACACAUUACGUGGGCUUUUUGGCGUGGAUCGCAUAGGCAUGUUCCAAAUGAACAAGGCCCUUACAAAGCAUAUCUGGCCGUUGGAUUCAGAUCAUGCAGCUCCAGUUAAGCCUCCACAGAAACAGAAGCAACAGAAGCAAGAGUGCAAAGAAGAUUUGGACGAGCCAAAAAGAAAGAAAAAACAGCAGAAAGGAGGAACUUCAGGUUUUCUUAAACCUACUCCUCUCUCGGAUGCUCUAGUGAAGUUCCUUGGUACAGGGGAAAGUGCAUUGCCUCGAUCUGCAGUUGUUAAGAGAAUCUGGGAAUACAUAAAACAGAACGACCUCCAGGAUCCAUCUGAUAAGAGAAUAAUAAUUAGUGAUGAGAAGCUGAGAGAACUCUUUGAUGUCGACACCUUCCAUGGGUUCACGGUUUCAAAGCUAUUAAACGUUCAUUUCAUAAAGACAGAACAGUGAGUUGCUCUUAAAUUGCUCCUUGUUAUGCCCAAAGAGCUUGGGGAUUUUGCCUGUGAGUUUAGUGUAAGUCUCUAAGCUUCUAACCCUUUUUGCCGUUCUUUUGUAAUCCUGGUCAUGUAUUUCAUCCUGCAAUCUAACAAACACAAAAUAGAAAAAAAUGUACAAGGAAGAAGGCCAUUGCUGCCUUAAUCAUGACACGUUCAAAUUUUCCGUCUUUCUUCAGAAGCAAACUGUUUUGUAUUUUGAUUAGCUUUCCGUUUCUGAAAGAUGUGAAUGCCAAUGCGGUUUGGAAAUUUUCUUCU